UUCAGAAUGGAAGAGGGCUUUGAAGAUUGGAGAACAAGUGGACACUUGAAUGAAGUAAAAAAUCAAGAAACUGGAGAUUGUUGUUUUGCCUUCACGGCAUGUGCGGCUGUUGAAGUUUUGCACCACAAGCACCCUGACUCUCAAAUAAGAGUGGUGCUAUCGUGUCAAGACUUGUGGAACAAUUUAGUAACAGUCGACCAAACGGAACCUGGGUGUAGCAUUCUUGACACUUUAAAAUGGAUUUAUUUUAAUGGUUGUGUAUUGGAAGAGCAUUGUCCUUAUUUAGGACGAUUGCAGCCUCCUAUACCUUUGGAAGAUCGCCGGGUUAAAAUGAGGAUCAAAACUUUGAAACCGGUACUUCGUAAGAACAUGGAAUAUGAAGUAUAUCGUGGACCAGUCAUCGUUGAAAUAGAUUGGCUUCAGGAAAUGGAUUUGAUUCGAGGGGAUGGAAUAUAUUCAGGACCGCUUCGUGCAUCAACAUUUAAAAAUGGCAAAAUAGAGAAACACGGGGUGCUUGUUGUAGGAUUUGGAGCCCAAAUGGAGGGAGAUGAGCUGAUCAAGUUUUGGAUUAUCCAAAACUCACAUGGAUCUGGUUGGGGGCACAAUGGAUAUGCUAAAUUCAAUCGAGCUAAAAUUCACAACAGGUAUCUAAUCAAUGAUGGAUGGACAGUUGUUGGUAUAAGCUAUUGUGAUUUAGAGGGACAUCCAUACGAGGAGUUGUGAUCAAUGGUUCGUAGUAUUUGUUUUAAUUAAUUGUUAAACUAUGAUGAAACAUAUA